AUGAGGAGACUGGCCGGCGGCGCAUGCGCCGGGUGUGCAGCGCGUCGCUGUUCGAUCUGCCAGGGACGAAGACAGGCGUCGACGCGCAUUCGCUGGAUGCGAGCAAUAUGGUGGCGAGGGUGUGGAAGAUGGAUCGCGUGUCCGCAAUGGUCAAGUACUUUGUGGCCAAUUUUGAUGAAGCGCCCGUGGAUUGGCUUGCUGGUCGCAUUUGUAGGAGCCAGAGGAGAAAGACGUUGGUCAUGGAGCCCAACCCGGUCAGACAUCGGGGGAAGUUCUCGUCGUUUGAGCAGAAUGACCGCGACGGCUUGCUCACAUGAGAUGCUAGGCGGACAGUUGAACGGAUUGCAAAGGUGGUCCAAAAGAAUUCGGACCAAUACGAACGGAACAAUGCGGCUUAGGAUAUAG